CCUUUACCGCUCCUUUUUUCUAAAGGGGGCACGGCGUGUGUCACGUUGCGUGGGACAGUCAGGAACACAUUCACAACAAUGUGGCAGAAUCUUUGGAAUUGGAAGUACCAGUCCUGAGGAUACUCCAGAGCUGUGAUAAUGAAUGGAAAAGUCAUCCCCCAUACUCCACUGGCUGUGGACUUCUGGCAGGUCAGGAAGUGUCCGCAUGUCCGCCUGUUCUUCCUGUCCCAUAUGCACAGUGACCAUACCGUGAGCCUGACCUCGACCUGGGCCAACAGACCAAUCUACUGUUCACCGGUUACUGCCACGCUGCUCAAACUCAAACUACAGGUCAGAGAGAGAUGGAUCCAUCCUCUGGAGGUCGGCCAACCCAACAUGUUGCCUCUGGAUGAUAUAGGCAAGGAGAGGUUGACCGUCACUCUCAUGGAUGCUAACCACUGUCCAGGGGCGGUCAUGUUCCUGUUCCAAGGAUACUUUGGCACCAUACUCUACACUGGAGAUUUUCGCUACACUCCGUCCAUGCUGCGUGAGCCGUGUCUAAGGACCAACACCACUAUAGAUGUCCUGUACCUGGAUAACACUAACUGUGACCCCACACGCACCCUGCCCUCCAGACAACGAGCCACUCAGCAGAUCAAAGAGAUCAUCCGUAGCCAGCCCAAGCACAAUGUUGUCAUUGGCCUCUAUACUCUGGGUAAGGAGUCUCUAUUGGUACAGCUGGCCAUGGAGUUUAAGACCUGGAUUGAAGUGUCCAUCGAGAGACUAAAGACUCUCAGAGCCCUGGAGCUACCAGAUGUCUUCACCACUGAGCCAGGAGCAGGUCGGAUCAGGGCCGUGGACCAGUCAGAGAUCCGCUCCACCAACCUCCUCCGUUGGAACAGGGAACACCCCACCUUGGCCAUCCUGCCCACCAGCAGACCCCUGGUCUCCUUCCACCCUAAUGUCCACGUGGUGCCUUACUCUGACCACUCCUCCUACCAGGAACUGGAGGACUUUGUCUCGGCCCUGCAGCCCACCUCCCUGGUUCCCAUCGUGGGCAGGCUUACCUCUGGCAUCCCCUCCUUCUCUGCCCUGCUGCCUAGGAGAAAACACCACGAAGUUCUGGUUCCCGAGUCAGUCCGCCACUAUAUGAAGGGCCGGCCUGAGUUGAAGGUUCAAGACCCUGGUCAGUCCAGCUUCCUGGGUUACAGUAACCUGCUGCGGAGGCCUAUCCGACCCUCUCCACCCAGAGGGGUGGUGUUUGAGUCCCCCCCUAAGGCCCCCUCCAGGCCUGGGUCGGUGGUGGACGAAGCCUGGGAGACAGGGUCCAUGGAGCAUCCUCAUCAGGAGGAAGAGAUGGACACAGAGAUGGAUGCAGAUAAAGAUGGAGAAGAUUCAGACUGUAUACUGAUGGAUCUGAGUAAAGAACACAGCCCUACCACAGACAUAGGGCCCAGCUCCAACCCCAACCCUAACCCAAGCCUGACCGGAGACCCCAACCCCAGCCUGACCAGAGACCCCAGCCUGACCAGAGACCGCAGCCUCAGCAGAGCCCCAUGGAGCCUGAAUCUGGUCCACAGGGUCUCAGAGAACCUGGAUUUGGAGGAGAGUCUCCCUUUCAGUCUAUUCACCCAGAGUAACUUUACACUCAUGGAGGUCCUGAGAAACACUGCCGUUUCACUGAGACCAAGAGCUGUGAGGGAGGAGACCCAUCCUCAGAAUUUGCCUCGUGACAACGACAACAUGGCCGCCGAAAACUGUAACUUAAAUGCAGUAUCAGUUAACAUAACCAGUUCCCACAAUGGACACCCAGACCAGGAGAUAGAAUCUCUUCCAUUACCACUUCUUAGCCUGAGCCCCUGUUCCAGGGACAGUACCUGUGUGAACACUAGUGACACCACUGAAACACAUACACAACCUGAACCUCCAGAAGACUGUGAGAUGUCUCUUCUCCUGUCCCUCCCUUUCUCAGAGGAGGACGUGUCUGUCUCUGGUUGCUAUAGGAACACUCUUCUUGACCGGAGCUUUUUGGAAAAGUUCAGCCUCUCUCCUUCAGAUUUGAAGUAGGGUGAAGUUGCCCAAGCCUAGACACUGAUCUCGGGUCAGUUUUUCAAUUUUCCCCCACUAAUGGUUAAGGGUAUGAUUGGGAGAGGUGAAGCUGAUCCUAGAUCUGUACCUGUAGCAGUCUUCAGUUCCACUCUGCUGUGGAGAGGUACCUGACGCCAGACAGAGACAGAGGACAAUGUGAAUACUGACGUGUCAAAGGUAUUUCCUCCACAUUCCUUAAGAAGACUUGUACUGUUUAAAAAAAUAAACAUUUUGCUCUGUCAGAUGGAGAUUUUCCAUUUAAGUUAGUUUUUUUUUGGUUCAGGACUCAGGCUUAAUCUGUGUCUGGGGAAACUGGCCCGUUAUGUUGACUUUAAGUGAAGUGCAUAUUUCACAGUGUCAUUUAAUUUCUGACAUGAUUGGUGUUUAUACAGGUGCAGUAUUUACUCAGCUCUCACCUACUCUAUGUUAUGGCAAGGUUGUAGGUUGUAUGGAUUCAUUUCAUUCCCCGUAAUGUGCCACAGUGAUUGAACCAUGUUUUUAAGGAUUUAUUCCCCGUAAUGUGCCACAGUGAUUGAACCAUGUUUUUAAGGAUUUAUUCCCCGUAAUGUGCCACAGUGAUUGAACCAUGUUUUAAAUGUGACUCAUUGGUGAAAGGCUUCAUCCUGUAGCCAAUGUACUCUAUGCCUUUUAACCCAUCCCACAGUUGAUUAUAUAUAUAUAUAUAAUAUACACUGAGUAUACCCAAACAUUAGGAACACCUUCCCCCUUGACUGGUGUCAAGCUCCCUGCCAUCCAGGACCUACAUGUCAGACCGAGGAAAGCCCGAAAAACCGGCAAAGACUCCAGCCACCAAAGGCAAUAGCCUAGUGGUUGGAAGGGUAGCCUAGUGGUUAGAGCGUUGGACUAGUAACCGAAAUGUUGCAAGUUCGAAUCCCUGAGCUGACAUGGUACAUAUCUGUCGUUCUGCCCCUGAACAGGCAGUUAACCCACUGUUCCUAGGCCGUCAUUGAAAAUAAGAAUUUGUUCUUAACUGACUUGCCUAGUUAAAUAAAGGUAAAAUAAAAAAUAGCCUGUUCAUGGUACCGUUCUGGUACCGCCCAGCAAACGGUCCUGGUGCAUCGGCUCCCAUAACAACAGGCGCUGAGCUGUCUUCUACCCCCAAGCCAUUAGACUGCUAAAUAGUUAAUUAAAUGGUUACCCAGACUAUCUGCACUGACCUCAUCUUGUACUGAUUCUAUGCACACUCACAAGACUAUACACUGAGUUGCCCUCAAAACAAGCCUCAAUUUGUUGGGCCAUGAAUUCUACAAGGUGUCGAAAGCAUUCCACAGGGAUGCUGGCCCAUGUUGACUCCAAUGCUUCCCACAGUGUCAAGUUGGCUGGAUGUCCUUUGGGGGGUGGACGACUUUUGAUACACACGAGAAACUGUUGAGCAUGAAAAUCCCAGAAGCAUUGCAGUUCUCGACACAAACAGGUGUGCCUGUUCAAAGACACUUCAAUAUUUUGUCUUGCCCAUUCACCCUCUGAAUGGCACACAUACACAAUCCAUGUCUCAAUUGUCUCAAGGCUUAAAAAUCCUUCUUUAUUCUCCUCCCUUUCAUAUACACUGAUUGAAAAGGAUUUAACAAGUGACAUCAAUAAGGAAUAAUAGCUUUCACCUGGAUUCACCUGGUCAGUCUAUGUCAUGGAAAGAGAGGGGUUCUUAAUGUUUCAUAUACUCUGUGUAGAUUACCACAGUUUACUGUUGAUUUAAAAUGUGUUACCUUUCACAGUCACUGUUCAUUUAAAAAAAAGUAUUGUUACCAUGGAAUUGAAAUAUAUAUAUAUAUAUAUAUUUGGUAACAAUAUAUAUAUAUAUAUGUAUAUAUGUAUGUAUGUGUGUGUGUGUGUGUGUAAAAUAAAGUUUAAAAUGUU